CGCUGGAGCUGCUGUUUCGGAGCUUUUGCGAGAAUAUUCGCGUAAAAAUCGAUUUUUGAGAGUUUGAAAAUUCGCUAGAAGUGGCGCUAUUCCUGUCUUAUCGAUAUCUGACUAUUUUUUGAGAUGAGCAGAUGACGCGGCGCUUAGAUUAUCCUGGGGACUGCUUACGAGGCCGGAAGCCGUUGUUGGAGUGUGGUCAUCGCAAAGUCUUUGGCGCAUUGUUUAUGCUUGAGGGGAUUUAUAUGAGAAGCAGAAGAACUCGCCGGCUACUAGUAUUUCUGACGUCUGAAGCACCUUUUCCGCUGAGUGGAGAUUGUCUAGCUGCUGCAUUGGCAGGGCAUGUGUCGUAAGUCGCUUCUCAUCCUAAAGAUACUUUUCUUUCCACUGCGCGACGGCCAACAUGCCUAGAAAAUCUGCUGAGCAAACGCUGCGUCUGAUAGGACCGUCGGCACGUGUCUUGAUAGCCCUGGCGAGAGGUCGGACAAUUACUCUCGAGCCAACUGUCGUGUUGCACGGGUGUCAGGUCGCUUAUUGAGAAGUUUUUUCUAUCUUUGGGUAAACCGAAGCUUGCAGUCUUGGCCCAGAACUUGGCGAUAUUCGCGGCGCUGCCGCUUUUUUCAGAGACUCUGCGUUUUGGCGUAAACCUUCUUAACGAGCUUGCAAGUUUGCCCUGCUGCGAUUGACUUAAGAUCCAGCACUUGGAGGAAACUCUUACUUGUAUCUUUGUUCCCGGCUUGUCCUAUAAACAAAUAGGAUACGUAUUUUAAACCGCAGCCUAUCGGUCUUAAACGCGGCCGUUCUAAUGUUUUUUCCACUGUUGAACUGCGGCGCAGGAACACAAAUACUGCAAUCAAAGUUGCGUAACUGAGCGAAGUAAGCAUUAUUAAAUUCAAUAAAUAUGCUUACAGUAGAUUAAUUGCACUUCUGUUUCUAGAGUGGAAUGUAGCUUAUAACAUUUGACAGUAACGUUCGAGUAUGUCGAUUGCUAAAAGUGUCGUCAUGGUAACAUAUGAAACUUUCAUAUGCAUCGAAAAAAACGCCACUUUCAACGCGACAUUGCAAGCAGUGAGAUACGGAGAUAAAAAUGGAGUCAGCAAGUGAAAAUCAAGAAAUUCCAAUGCUGUUGCUGAUCGACACAAUUAACCAGAUGAUUACCGACGAGCAGGCCGCAGGGCACAUGAAUACCGGCGACAAAAUUUAUGUGUUCGUCCAAACCUCGGAGGAGUUAUCUAGGACGUUGGGAAAAACUAUCACCUUUCACCAAGUAAUCGACAGUUACAACCGUUACCGGGAGAAGUUUGACGCGGUGAACGCGAAGGUUAAAUACCUUAAGAAAGGUGCGAGCCAAUUGACUUUAGACGAGAUUCGGAUUUACAAAAUAUUCAAGAAAACUAAAUACUAUUUAUGAGGCAAAGAUAUAUUUUUGAUUGUAUAAUUCUAUUUGAUUAUUAUAAAGUAUGAUUUUGAAUAAAAUAAAUUAAACUUUUGCAGGGAAACCGGCGCACGAGGCACUUCUCUACUUCUUGGUGCUUCAAUGGUGAUUUUCUGAAUAUCAAUUAUUCGGUUUUGCAUCCCCUUUUUUGUUUCAUGAAGUAAAACGUCACAAUGAUUUAUAAAUAAAAUGUUUUCACGAAAGUGUGCGCAUCAGAACUUGAUUUUUUAGAGUCUGUAAAGCGGUUAGGUGCGUUGAUUUUGUUUUGUUGAUAAUGCGAGCCCACUUUAUAGCGAAACGUUAGUAGAUCGCUGGAGCAACGCUCUCGGAGCUUUCGCAAAAGUGUGCGAAUCAACAUUUUUUUCUCAGAGUUUGUAAAGCGGUCGGGACCGGCGCUUUCUCUUUGUUAUCAAACAACCGAGCCCAGUUUCUAGCGAAGCGACGGUAGAUUGCUGGAGCAGCGCUAUCGGAGCUUUCGCGAAAGUGUGCGCAAUAAAAAUUGUUUUCUCAGAGUUUGUAAAGCGGUCAGGAGCGGUCCUUUCCCUUUGUUAUUAAACAUCCGACUCUGGUUUCUAGCGAAGCGUCCGUAGAUUGCUGGACCAGCGCUCUCGGAGCUUUCGCGAAAAUGUGCGCAUCAAAACUUGAUUUUUUAGAGUCUGCAAAACGGUUAGGUACGGUGCUUUUGCUUUGUUAAUAAAAAUGCGAGCCCAGUUUAUAGCGAAACGUUAGUAGAUCGCUGGAGCAGCGCUCUCGGAGCACUCGCGAGAGUGUGCGCAUCAAAAAUCGAUUAUUUAGAGCUCGUGAAUAAACAUCCGAGCCCAGUUUCUAGCGAAGCGUCCGCAGUUCGCUGGAGCACCGCUCUAGGAGCUUUUGCAAGGCAUCUUUUUUAAAAAUUGUUCCUUUAGAGCUCGCAAAUCGACAAAAGCGGUGCUACGCCUUGUUCAAUAAAGCCCGAGCACAGAUUCUUGCGAAUCGUUGGUAGAUCGCUAGAGAAGCGCUCUUGAUGCUUUCGCAAGGCAGCUCACGAAUUAGCUGAAGCGGCGCUUACCCCUCGUUUAUGAAAGCUCGAGCACAGUAUCUUGUGAAAUGUCAGUAGAUCGCUGAAGCAGUUGUCUCGGAGCUUUCGCAAGAAAAUUCUUGUUAAAAAUCGAUUCUUCAGAGCUUGAAAAUCUGUCAUAAGUGUCGCUAUUAGCAUGUCGGAGUCUAAAGCACCUUUGCCACUGAGUGCAAGAUUGUUUACCUGCUGCACCAACAGGGCAUAUGCCAACUUUCGUGCUACACGGACGUCGGAUCGCUUAGUGACAAGUUCUUCCUGUCUGCAGAUGAACCAGAGCUUGCAGCCGCUGCCAGAAACUUAGCGGUACUCGCAACACCUUCGCUCUUCUCUGAAGAAGUCUCUUUCAAGGUAAGCUUUCUCAUAGAGCUUGCAAGCUUGCCCUUCACGUUUGACUCGAGAUUGAGAGCUUGGAGGAAAUUUUUCCUGGGAGCUGCGAGAAGAGCUACUAAAGACGGCGGUGAGCGCUUUGGUCGAGGCUCCUGGAUUACCGGUCCUAUUGUUCCAAAAUCACGUUUUCGACGGGCAACGUCAGCAAGAAAGACUUGCUCCCAAAAUUAUCUUUGGCAAUUAGCAAUAUUCACAACUUCGCCGUGAACACUAGCACAUUUGACGUCUUCGCCGCAGAGUAGCACGUGAAAUGGGCUAAUUAAUCUAAAAUAUAAAAAAGGAACAGUAUGUACAAUUUUAUUGAAGAUCUAUGGACGUUCGAAUAUGUCGGACUUUUUGUUUCUUUUUGUUUAUUUGGUUUCUAGAUAAAUAUAUAGUCAUGUGCUCCCUGAUUUGACGUUUUUGCAACGCGUAUCUUGUUAAUGUGCUAUCAUUUUCGCAAAUGUGAAUUGUUUAAAUUUAUGUAAAUAGAGUAAAUAGUAAUACUAAUUGAUGUAACUUGUGUAAGAAAGAGAGCUGAAAACGUGAUUAAUUAUGAAUCGUGAUCAGAUUCACACGGCGAUGUUCCGGUGCCUCUGUGCGCGAAAUAAUAACGUUUUGAAUGCUAGCCGGAUGUUCUUGGAACAAUAUCCACAUGUUCAGCCUCAACCAUCUCGAACUUCGUACUACAGGUAGGUUAAUAAUUCUUAUUAAGGAAAUAGCUAAAAAAUAUUGCCCUAGUAAAAAAAAAUUGGGUUAUGAUAGACUUCUUGAAAGAGUGCGUCAGCAUGGCGUGAUCAAGGUGGAGCAACGUCGACGCGUACAGCCUGUGCGGGGUGAUCAAAACUUGAGUGAUCGUAUUAAUCAGGCUCUAACGGACAAUCCUCGUUUAAGUUUAAGGGCCUUAGCACGACAAUUCAGUACGUAAUCCGCAUUUUCUAUAUAAUAUGCGCUUACUUUUUACCCUUUCUGCUCCUUCUAAGCGAGUGUUAGUGAGCAAUCAGUAUUGUUUGGAUUUAUUUUUAUAUUUAAUUCAAUUUUUAUAUUUAGAUGUAUCGAAAGAAUCUGUACGAAGAAUUGUAAGAGUCACCAGACGCCCGUACAAGCCCACGAAGGUGCAAAAAGUUUUCCAACGUGACCACGAAAGACGCCAGGCAUACUGCGAAUGGGGUCUGCGACAGUUGGCGAGAAAUCCACUUUUCUUUAGACGAGUUUGCUUCAGCGAUGAAUCCACAUUCACCAAUAACGGGCCAAUUAAUAAGCAAGUUACAAGGAUGUGGUCCGAGCAAAACCCGCAUUGGUUUAUAGAAAAUGACAGGCAGCAUAGGUGGAAGUUCAACGUAUGGAUCGGGAUUGUCGGAGAUCGGAUUAUAGGUCCGAUAUUUUAUAAUGAAAAUUUGACUGCAAGGAGAUAUCGCAGACUAUUGAGGCUCAUUAAUGGUCGCUUACAUGACAAUCCGAUUCCUCAAAAUCAGAUGUGGUGGCAAAUGGAUGGAGCCCCAGCGCACAAUGCUGCCGUAGUCACUGAAUACUUAGAGGAACGAUUUCCUGAAAGGUGGAUUGGCUUAAAUUCACCACACGUAAGAUUUCCGCCACGAUCACCUGAUUUAACCAUCAUGGAUUAUUACUUUUUCGGUAAUAUUAAGAGAAUCUGCUACACACAGGUAAAGAAAUUAAAAAAUUCUCUAUAUUCUCACAAUUAUUGGCUAUAAUCUUAUUUGAUUUCAUAAUAGCUUGUUUUUUUCCUAACAUUACCUUUCAGCCAGCUACUACAUCUGAUGAUAUGAAGCAACGCUUGCGAAAUGCAUGCGCUGCGAUUCGUGCUGGCGAAUUAAGAAGAGCAAGAGAGCAACUGCGCAGAAGAUUUCAUCUGUGCAUACAAGCAGACGGUGGACAAUUUCAGCAACUCAUGAAAUACAGAAAUCGCUAAUUCAAGUAGAAUAAAUAAGAAUUCAAUUUUAAAAAACUAUCAAUUUAAAAUAAUAAGUUUGCGAUAAUUUAUUUUCAGUAACUGCCGAAAGCUGCCAAUUAUGUACCAACCCUUGUUAAUUAUUUUGCACUAUGUGGACGCUAAAGCACAGCGGAAGUCUUAUUUCAGUUAUUCAUGGAUUUUUAUACCACUACCGGCUAUGAAUGCCUACUGUUCGUUGUUUCGCUUAUUCUGCGUAGUGUAUAUUGCUAAGC